CCAGCUGUGCGAAAGUAGGCCAUUCGGCCCAUCGAGUUAACACUGACCCUCUGAAGACCAUUCCACCCCUAAUCCCCACAUCCUUGCAUUUAGCAUGGCCAGUCCACCUAAUUUAGACAGCUUUGGACUGUGGGAGGAAACUGGAGCACCCAGACGAAAACAACACAGAUACAGGGAGAACAUGCAAAUUUCACACAGACCCUUGCCCAAAGCUGAAAACAAACCCAGGCCUCUGGUACUGUGAGGCAGCAGUGCUAACCACUGUACCACCGUGUCACCCUGGUCUAUUUCAGUUACAUGGGAUUUUAACAGCAUCACCUAAUGCCUGUGUUCUCCUUUCUACAAACUAAAAUACAGACUUCCACCUCCUUUCUAUAAAGAAAGAAUAGUCACUUCAUACAGAACUCAUUGCUGCAACAAGAUACACUUGCACUCAUCAGGACAGAUGCAAGAAUGUCAAAUUCCAAAGGGAAGAACAAUUUACUCUGCAUGACAAAAGAGGCUGACAGUUUGGGUCAGGGCUCUCUGUUGGAGGCAUCGGUGGAGGAAGAGGCAUUAACUGUUCUCCACUAUGAGCAGCAGAUCACAGAGUUACUUGUUGUUAUUGCUGAGCUGAACCGGAAGAUCGACAGACUGACAAUGUCAACCAUCAGGGAGGAAGAUGAAUAUCUGGACACUUUCUCAGACCUUAGUGACACUCCAUAUGUUGAAAACAACUCGUUUCUCUGCCCAGACCUGGGUCAACCAACAGUUUCCGAUUGCCCCGGACAACCGUGUCAAACAUCAGGGAGCACUGGUGAACCGAGUGAGCUGGCACAUAAACUACAACAGGUACUGACAGAACUGGAGGAGACAGUACGCACUCGGAGAACAGAAAUCCCACAGCUCUGUGCUGACCCUGCUGAGGAAGAGCAAUCAGCACUGACACACUGGCAACUGGUCACUCAAACAAUCGAGGAGGUGGAGAGGGAGUUGGGUGUUGACCUGAGCCCUGAGCUGCAGGAGGAGAGGAGCCAGUGGGAGGCCGAACUGGAUUGUCUGAGGGAGAAGAAUCAGCAUCUGUCUGACCAGCUCAUCCAGAAGGAUCAGGAACUGUGGCAAACUUCCACUGCCCUCUCAGGGAUUCAGCAGGAAAGAGACAAACUCCAGCUCAAGGCUGAUGACCUGCUGUCGUGUCUGCAGAGUCUGCAGCGGAAUGUGACCAUCUCACCACCCCCCAGUCCAGUGCCCAGCAUCGCGGAGACUGGCAAAGCUGGAUCCAACCCAGUCAAUACUCAGCCUCAGGCCUUUGUGAACAAUGAUCCAGGGUUCAUGGUCCAAAGUCUGAUCCAGGAUCGGUCCGGCAUCCAAGACAUUUUCCAGCUCCUUUGCACCUAUGGAUCUAAUGUAACCAGAGGAAGGAUCCAGGAUUCAGAAAGAGAAGUAGAUCAGCUAAAGAACUGCAUUGAUGAGUGGAAGGGCCACAAUGAGCAGCUGUCCAGGGUCCUGCAGGAAUGUAAGACCGACUGCGAGAGGCUCAGCAUGUUACUGGGGAGUCUUGAAUCCAAUGACACUGCUCUGCACCUGGCUCUACAGUACAGUGAGGAGUGUAUUGACAUCUAUGAUAUGCUUCUGGCUGAGGUUGAAACUAACGGGAGCUCCAUGCAGAGUCAGAUCUCCGAGGCCCUGGCAAACUGGUGUGUGGACAAAGAUGGGCGACUUGGAAGGAAGGAUCCUGAAGGAUUGCCAGGGACAGUUGGAGGGAAACUAAUUGAGAAUGUACACGGUAUUGAAUCACUAACCAUUGACUGUCAACAUCAGGAUUCGUCUGUCCACACGCAGCACAGCAUCAUUGGGGAGCCGGAAGGGGACAACGUUGCACAUCGUUUGAAGGGAGACAUCGCAAAGCUCAGAGGCAGCUAUGCUGCAGUAAUGCAGACUGUUCUGGAAGUGGGAGACACACCACCCCAUCUGAAGCGUUAUUGUGAGGGAACAUCCCGAAGCCAUGAGGCUGGAGCAGCUGCACAGGGUCUGCUGGUGCCUGGGAUCAGUGUACAUUCACCCAGAACAGUACGUCAACAUAAAAUGGAGAAGAAGGAAGUUCUGCAGGAACUCAUGACCGUCAGGGAUGAGAUGACAUGGCUGAAGGGUCAGCUGAGUUGGGCGAAGAAGGAGAAGAGGGACCUGGAGCAGAUGCUGCGAUCACAGGAAUCCCAGGAGGAGGGUGCAAUCCUAAUCCUCACACAUUGGCAAGCAGAGAGAGAUGUCAGCCUACACCCGACCACAGCCUGCAGCAAGGAGGAAACAGCACCAGAACCAAAUGUAUUUGCAAUGGCCAGUGACCAACUGGAGUCUGAGCUCACCGCUGCGUCCGUGCGAGAAAAUCAACUGAGGGAACGGAUUGAGGCGCUGGUGACAUCACUGGAGAAGCUGCUAAGAAGGAAUCAUGUACAGAAAGUUCAGUCUGAGGAACUAGCUAGUGAGCUGAGGAAAACGUACAGCAACAUGUUGACAGCCUACAGAAAUGCCAAGAGGAAGUAUGAGAGCCAGCUGAAGAAGCUGGAGUCGCAGGCGAAGACCAUGUGUGAACGGCAGGCUGCUCAAAUUCAAGCCCUAGACGAGAAGUUGACAUGUCUUCAAGAGGCACUGGACCAUGCCAAUGGCACACCAUUGUAACAGAGAUCCCAGCUACAGGAGAGAGCCAUCAGGGCGACCCUGAGUCUGCUGUAUUCAGGCAAACUUCCUGACAAUCUUUGUAGCUUUGAGAGCAUUUGUAUAGAACUUACUAUCUGAAGAUGAAACAGUGGGAGUAGAUUCCUUGAAGGGGGAAGAGUGAACAUUAACUUUGGGAGAUUACAUGGCUGGAUGGAGUUUAUGAUAGAGCAGAGCUUACCUCAGUUGGGUAAGGAUGAAUCAAAUAGCCUGAUUUUACACAGGGAUUCUCCUAAUCCCUUUCACUGAUUUGGGUUAAAAAUUGAAUUCCCUGAAGUUUCUGUUGAGAUAUUUGUGCUAACACUUUCUGCGGUGACCUCCAAUCUUUCUGCUUCCGCUUUGCUCCAAAGAAAUUUUAUGUUGGGUAUGUUUUACUGAACUUUCGCACCCACCACAGGUAUGAGAUAUUCUUUGGGUUUGUAUCCAAUGCAGGCAAUGAGCUAAAAAUCAUAGAGAUGUACAGCACAGAAACAGACCCCCAGUCCAAUCCAUCAGCUGACCAGUUUUGCCAAACUAAACUAGUAACAUUUUCCUAUGCUUGCCCCAUAUUCCUCUAAACGUUUCCCGUUCAUGUACUUAUCCAAAUGUCUUUUAAACGUUGUAACUGUAGCCACAUCCACCACUUCCUCUGGCAGUUCACUCCGUAUACGCACCACCCUGUGUGAAGAUGUUGCUCCUCACGGAAAUCUUCCCCUCUCACCUUAAACCUAUGCCCUCUAAUUUUGGACUCCCAUACACCAUAGGGAAAAGACCUUAUCUUCAUGAUUUUAUAAACCUCUGUAAGGUCACCUCUCAACCACACACCCUUUAGGGAGAACGGUCCCAGCCUAUCCAGCCUCUCAUAGAGCCCUACAACAUGGAAACAGAUCCUUCAGUCCAAAUAGUCCAUGCUGACCAUAAUCCCAAACUAUGUUAGUUGCACCUGCCUGCCCUUGGCUCACAUCCCUUCGGACAUUUCUUAUUCAUGUUCCAAUCCAAAUGUGAUUUUGAAUAGUGUCACUGUACCCAUAUCCCACCACUUCCUCUGGAAGUUCAUUCCAUACGCAAACCACUCUCUGAGUAAAAAAGUUACCCCUUAUAUCUUUUUCAAACCUUUCUCCUCUCACCUUGAAAAUAUGCCACUAGUUUUGAACUGCCCCUCCGUGUGCCAUUCACCCUAUCCAUGGUCCUCGUGAUUUUAUAAAACUCUAUAAAGUCCAUAUAACUCAAACCCUCCAAUCCUGGUAACAUCUUGUGGUGCAGCAGUCACCCUCCUCCCUCUGAGCUAGGGGACCUUGCUGCUGCAGGUGUGGAUCAUGGAAUAUCUGAACAGAUUCAUUAAAAAAAAUCUAAUGAAGGUAAAAGAUGUAACUUUGAUGUCGGCUGGUUCCAUGGCUGAUGAAGGGUGUUGUGCAGCUGCUCAGGAGGUGGGACGGCAGUCUGUCACAAACAGAUGAAUCAGAUUGAAACCUACAGUCCAUGGAAGGUUCUGUUUAAAAUGCUCAUUAUUUAUAGGGAAGUGCAAAAGGGUAGAAAAUGUUUGAAAUUCCAUUGUAACACAAAGCACUAUAGAAAAAAGAUUGAGGGCUGUAUAACUAAUAGGUGCAGAAGAGAAGGUUAGAAUAUUCUGUGGACAGCA